CCUAGGGGUGGAAGCGGUAGGGUUGUUCAGGGCUCUGACACUGUUCCUGCCUGUCUGAAGCAAGUCUCCCCUGUCUCGGAAGGCCCAGGGUCGUUGGGCUGUUGCCAGAAGGGGUUGUGCUCUUGGGAAUGGUUGGGGGGCUCACCAUGCCGUGGCUAGAGGAGGAGCAAGCUAGACUCUAGGAGCUCUGAGUAUAGAAGCUGUAUUCUGGCCCAUCACAGCUGUUUGGUGGCUGAGAGAGCACUGCUCAUCCCUGUGCUACAGGACCCCGGCCGCCUGGUGUCAAGGAAGUGGGUGUCUUAGCAGCCUCGGGCCAUGGCUCAUCUGAGGGAUUUUGCCAAUCAGCACUCCAGGGUAGACCCGGAGGAGCUGUUCACCAAGCUGGAGCGCAUCGGCAAAGGUUCCUUCGGCGAGGUGUACAAAGGCAUCGACAACCGCACCAAGGAGGUGGUGGCCAUCAAGAUCAUCGACUUGGAGGAGGCGGAGGACGAAAUCGAGGACAUCCAGCAGGAGAUCACUGUGCUGAGCCAGUGUGACAGCCCCUACAUCACCCGCUACUACGGGUCCUACCUGAAGAGCACCAAGCUAUGGAUAAUCAUGGAGUACUUGGGCGGUGGCUCAGCGCUGGACUUGCUGAAGCCGGGCCCCUUGGAGGAGACCUACAUUGCCACGAUCCUGCGGGAAAUCCUCAAGGGCUUGGACUAUUUGCACUCGGAGAGGAAGAUCCACAGGGACAUCAAAGCUGCCAACGUGCUGCUUUCCGAGCAAGGGGACGUGAAGCUGGCUGACUUCGGAGUGGCUGGGCAGCUGACGGACACCCAGAUCAAGAGGAACACGUUCGUGGGGACUCCUUUCUGGAUGGCCCCAGAGGUCAUCAAGCAGUCGGCCUAUGACUUUAAGGCGGACAUCUGGUCUCUUGGGAUCACAGCCAUAGAACUUGCAAAGGGAGAGCCCCCGAAUUCAGACUUGCACCCUAUGAGGGUGCUCUUCCUGAUCCCCAAGAACAGCCCGCCGACUCUGGAGGGCCAGCACAGCAAGCCCUUCAAAGAGUUUGUAGAAGCCUGCCUCAACAAGGACCCUCGCUUUAGGCCAACUGCUAAGGAAUUGCUAAAGCACAAGUUCAUCACCCGCUACACCAAGAAAACCUCAUUUCUCAUGGAGCUGAUCGACCGAUUCAAGCGCUGGAAGUCUGAAGGGCACGGAGAGGACUCCAGCUCCGGUGAUUCGGACAUGGAUGGAGACGCUGAAGAUGGAGACCAGGGUCCAAUCUGGACAUUCCCACCAACGAUUCGCCCCAGUUCCCUUAAACUGCACAAAGGAAUGGCUCUCCAUGGCUCCCAGAAGGCUGCUGAGCCCAUCAAGCGGCAGCCGAGAUCGCAGUGUCUCUCCACGCUGGUCCAGCCCGUCUUCGGGGAGCUCAAAGACAAGCACAAGCUGAGUGAGGGCAGCGUGGGCGCGAUGGAGGAGCUGGAGAACGCCUUCAGCUUGGCUGAGGAGUCCUGCCCAGGCAUUUCCGACAAAUUGAUAGCGCACAUGGUGGAGCGGGUCCAAAGGUUCUCUCACAGCCGGAACCACCUAACUUCAGCCCGCUGACCGGUACCGUCAUUGCUGCUCUUUCGGGGGGGCGGGAGGAUUUUCCCAACUUCAUAGGAACUACACUCUAAUCCAGACCACCACCAUCUGCUGUUGGAUGUAACAUUGUGCUAUGGCCACCAGGACAUUUCAGAGCCUUCAUCUGUACAUGUUUCCAUGACAACUGAGGGUGGGAUUCACAAUGCAAGUACCAUUCAGACCUUUUGCAGAGCCCACGGAGGGCAGUCUAAUUGGUUUUACACUGUUCUCAAUGGAGUUUUUAAUUGUUCUCCCAGUGGACAUAUCCAGUUUUAUUUGAUUCAGAGCUUGUCAAAAGUAACACCCUGGCUGGUGGCGCAAGAGGGAAGUUCUCUUGUGCUCGGAUGAUGGUGCGGCCGUCUCCUGUCCCCAAGGAAGCAUAGGUGAGUAGCGAUGCACAGGGAAUAGAGAUGGCUGCAUUUGUUCCAUCUGCUACAGCAACUUGUUGAGUCAGGACACUACUCUAGCUCCACCAGGCUGGUUUCCUUCAAGCCCGAGCAGAACAAAGCCUCGAACGAGCAGCAGUGGAAGGAAGGGUCCCCCACUUUUCACUCGAGUAGCGAUCUUGUUUUGUCACGUGCACAGGGCGGGUUUGCUGAUCUUCCCCCAGGACUUGCUUUGCGGGAGCCAGCCUCACUUCCAUAGACCAGCAGGAAUAAGGCAGCUGCAUUGGUUUUAAAGUACCCCACUCGAGAGGGGAGCUUUGUGUUCCCUUCAGAGCCUCUUCUGGCUGCUUCUCAUGGGCCCAGCACACUGACCGGGGCAUGAGCGCCCAGCCACUCCUGAGGCGAGACAAGCUAAACACUAAGCUUGAUGUGCAUUAGAAAAAGGAGCCUUGGCUCGCAAAGCUGCUUAAAGGGUUAGUCUGUAAUUCUUGACAGUGAUUCCCCAUUGAAGAAAAUUCAGUUUUGACUUUAACAGCUGGUAGUGUUGCUCCUUGACGGCUGUGCCUGGGAUACCAAAGUCAAUUUCUCCUCCGCUCUACUCUCAUGAACCAGUUCUUAAAACUGCUGUACAUCGCUAGAAGCCAACGCACUCCGAGAGGGGCGCACAGGCUAGGGACGGAACUGCAUCUCACUGCUUUCCCGGCGUGCAGAACACUUCGGUCAGUCGGUAUUCCCGUGUUUAGCCAGGAAUUUCAGGUCUCCAUUUAUCAGCUCUCCAGUGAACACUGGCACGCCAGGGUCUGGAAGGAAACCAGAGUAGGAGUUGACAUUUUGAAAGCUGGGUGCCUAAAGCUAAGCAGCUAAAUCUAGUCACAUAAGUGAUGUGUCUUCAGAGAGCUCCCCAAGUAGCUGCAGAUACUCAGCAUCUCUGAAAGCUGGACCACUUAGCUAACAGGCAAAUGUGGGUUGUGCUUCCUACCUGCAGCCAUGCAGGUUUCGGACUGUUGGGCCAGGAGUUGCCCCAUCCCAUGCUAAAGUGAACAGCAAACACCCGUCUGAGUCCAGCCAUAGUGCAUAACACUAUGGACUAACACCCUCAGCCAGAAAAAAGGGAGCGGCUCACAGAAAGUCUCCUGCUGCUUUGAACUUGAUGCUGUUCAUGAUGGUAGCACAUUGUGUUAAUACGGUACCUUGGGUGAUCCUUCGCGUGUGCUGCAGUGUCAAGGGAACAGUCCCGGCAGCAUCCUGCGCAGCAGUGGUGUUAGGUUUUACCAGAGCAUUGAAAGGGAUCUGCCACUCUCAAUAAAAUAACAAAUUAAA